UGUACUGGCUUGCAGAUAACUGAGGGCUAUAGAGUUUGUAUUGUAAUUUGUUGAGUUUAUUGAUCACAUUGGUAUUUCUAUUUGUACCGGAGUAAUUGUUACCGAGAAUAGAGACUAGAAGAAAUUAUAUCUAUAUACUAAUCUACUUUAGACAACAAGAUAUACUAGUAGUUAUCUAAGGUAUAGGAAUCUUCUAGUAGCUAUCCUAGUAAGGAUGAGACGGUUGCCUUGGAAGCUCCGUUCCUGCAAAGGUAAGACAAAAAUGUUGUGAUGGUGCAAGUCUUAGGUGUGUGGGUUUACUUCUUGGUGCGUCUCUUUUUAGUUAUAGGUGGAUGAUUCUCAGUUAGAUGACUGACACUUAACUCUUUGCUUCCAUUAGUUGAAAGGGAACUUAUAACUAAAUGUGUAUGUCUCUUCUCUAAUAAUCCAACAUUUCAAGGACCACCUAUUUCAACAACAUUUAAUGAAUAAGGUAAAACAUUUUGAGUUAGGAUUGACUAAAAUUAUUUAUACUAAUGAUGUCAUCCGGGUAUGGUAGAGUGCGUGUGUGACUUGUAGACUUGUAGUUUAGAACUUGUCAAACAAAUUUUUGUUUGUGCAAGUAGUAUAACUUGUCGACAAGAUUAUUUUUGUAUGUGCUAUCAAGACUAUAACGCAUGGCCGUGUCCCCUGAGGCGAAGCGUUUCUUACAAUUCGUAUGUUACAGAGAAGCCUGUUUGAAGUAGUAAGAAGAAAGUAACUGAAAAUUUUCAUUAAUCUCUCAUUUAAACCCCUUUUACCUUAACGGCUCCGGCCAGAGAUAAAGCCGGUGAGUAGAAUAUCAAAAAAAAUGUAUUAAAGAAAUGAAAGGGAAUAACGUGUUCUUGGAUUAGUCUAUUAAACAGUAAGCAAGGAAGAGGCUGAAAACAAGAUUAAGAAAAGAAUAAAUAAAAAAAACGUCUCUGGGUUGGUAAGCGGCAAAAUCCAGCUGCCAAUGCCUAUUUGACUUCCUCAUUAGUUCAUGCGGAGCUCAACUUCUUCUUCUUCCUCUCUCUCUCUCCAAAACUUACUUUAAAGCUCUCUCUCUCAAUAAUGAACAUGAGCAACCUCAUCACAACAUGAAUAACUCUACACCAGUGAGGCGGCUGGUUUCAUCAAAGGCAAUGAAAUGUUUCUACUUCAGCAAAGAUAAACCUCAGGAUGGAGCAGCUAAGACGAGAAAUUUUGAUUCAUUGCAAGGAUCAGGGUCUGAGUUUAACUCAAGUACAAGUACUACAACUUCCAUCACUUCUUCCUUGCACGUUCUCUCAGAGACACACAGUAACAAUCUCAAAGUCUUUGCCCUCGAUGACCUCAAAACCGCUACCAAGAACUUCAGCCGGUCCUUGAUGAUCGGUGAAGGUGGAUUUGGUGGUGUGUUUCGUGGCAUCAUUCAGAACCCUCAAGAUUCUCGUAAGAAGAUUGAUAUAGCUGUUAAACAACUCAGUAGAAGAGGUCUUCAGGGGCAUAAAGAAUGGGUGACAGAAGUAAACGUGUUGGGGGUAGUGGAGCAUCCAAAUCUGGUGAAGCUGAUAGGUUACUGCGCUGAGGAUGAUGAGAGAGGGAUCCAACGGCUACUUGUUUAUGAAUAUGUACCAAACAGAAGCGUUCAAGACCAUUUAUCAAAUCGUUUUAUAGUCACUCCUCUUCCUUGGUCCACAAGAAUGAAGAUUGCUCAAGACACUGCUCGAGGGCUAGCUUAUCUUCAUCAAGGCAUGGAGUUUCAGGUCUCUUUCUCCUUAACAUGGUCACAUAUUAAUAGCUUUAAACCAUUAUUUUAUAUGUUCUUGAAAUGUAUGUUCAUGCAGAUCAUCUUUAGGGACUUCAAAUCUUCCAAUAUUCUUCUUGAUGAGAACUGGAACGCAAAGCUCUCUGACUUUGGACUGGCUCGUAUGGGUCCUUCAAAGGGAGUCACUCAUGUCUCCACUGCGGUUGUAGGAACCAUUGGUUAUGCAGCACCUGAGUACAUCCAAACAGGACACCUCACAGCCAAAAGCGAUGUGUGGAGCUACGGAAUCUUUCUGUAUGAGCUCAUCACAGGGAGACGUCCCUUCGAUAGGAACCGCCCAAGAAACGAGCAGAACAUCUUGGAGUGGAUAAGACCUCACUUGACUGAUAUCAAGAAGUUCAAGAUGAUCAUUGACCCAAGACUUGAAGGAAACUACUACCUCAAGUCGGCUUUGAAGCUGGCUGCUGUUGCCAACAGGUGUUUGAUGGUGAAAGCAAAGUCAAGGCCAACGAUGGGUGAGGUUUCAGAGAUGUUAGAAAAGAUAGUGGAGACUUCAGACGAGGUAUCUCCAGCUUUGCCGUUGGUGAAAAGCUUGACGCCUAAAGAUGCGUUUGAGGCGUCAAGGAGAGAGAGAGUUAAGAAAAGAUUUGUUGAACUUGUAACUGGGGUAAAUGGUUGUCCUAAUCUGCCCUACUUGGUCUCCUAAACUUGUCACUUCUCUUUGAUUUUUGAGACAGAACAUAAACAAACCAAACAAAAAAAGAACUCAGCGUUUGUGUUUGUGUUAUGAAAAUAUUAUUGUCAUUGUUAUAAAAUAUUAACAAGCUUUAAAUUAGGGUUUUAGAUAUCUUCUUCCACACGUUGCUCUUCAUUAGCCGCCGUGCCCAAACCCUUAAACCCCUAGCUUCCUCUUGGACACAGAGACGUUCUUAUGUUGAUGUUUACAUGAAAUGGAAGAAAGAUGAUUACCUUCAGUUAAGAGAUGAAUAUUGAUUAUUUUUUCAAAUUAGUGGAGUAAAGGGUUUAGCUGUAAACAGUAAUGGAGAAAAGGUUGUCUGUGUUGCAGAUAAGAAUGCAAUGAAUAAGAGAGGAGGAGGAGUAGACCAUUCAACUAUUGAGUUUCCUUUUUCCCAUCAAAAGGUUGUAGAUUGAGAGUCAAGGUUGAACAUUUUAUAUUGCCUCAGAAGGUUCACAAGGCCUUUGAGAGACAUUCACAAAUCUUUUUACUUGUGUAAGAAGAAUAAGACUUGAACAGCUAUUCUAAUAGAGCCUUACAGAGACCAAGCAGUGUUAAUGAAGAAUUCUGAGUUGAUUCUCAAGAGUAGAGGAAGUACUUACAGGUUUUUGAAAGAAAGGAUUGUAGAGAAAGAUUUGGAUUUUGAUUGCUAAGGGAGAAUCUUUAUUAAUCAAAAACAUCAUUAAUGGAUUUGUUUCAAACCAGUCUAAAGAUGCAGAUCAUCAUCACUCAAAAUAUUACAAUAAAAAAACCGUGAAUGCAAGAAUGAGUUUGCUAUAUGAAACCAAAAUGGGUAAUAAGAUUUUGUAUAAAAAGAAAAAGAGAUUCAUGUUCAGCUGCUCAGUUUUUGAAUGAUCUUGGAGAGAGCUGAAUAUGAGCCAAUUACGGAAGAUAUUGCUCCUAUUAUGAUGAUUAA